AUGAAAGUGAAGACCACGAGAAAUACCCUCAGUGAAAAAAACAUGCUGAACAAUUUCCUGAAGGAACAUGCUUACAGACUGUCUCAGAUUUCUUCUCGUGGCUCAAAUCAAACUAUUCCCCUGCUGAGGAACAUCAUGGAAAUGCUCUAUGUGGGUAACAUCACCAUUGGAACACCCCCUCAGGAAUUCCAGGUUAUCUUUGACACAGGCUCAUCUGACUUGUGGGUACCCUCCCUCUUUGCACCAGCCCAACCUGUUGUGACUACACAAGUUAGGUUCAGACAUUACAAGUCUUCCACCUUCCAGCCUACCCAAAAGACCUUCAGAAUCGCUUAUGGAUCUGGGAGCAUGAAGGGAUUUCUUGCUUAUGACACCAUUCAGAUUGGGGACCUUGUAAGUAGUGAUCAGCCAUUUGGUCUAAGCAUGGCAGAAUAUGGGGCGAAAGGCACUGUGGUGAUGUUUGGUGGGGUGGACCACCGCUACUACAAGGGAGAGCUCAACUGGGUACCAUUGACCCAAGCGGGUGACUGGCGUGUACACAUGGACAGCAUCUCCAUGAAAAGACAGGUUAUUUCUUGUUCUGGCGGCUUCGAGGCUCUUGUGGACACCAGGACAUCACUGAUCCUUGGCCCAAGAAGACUGAUCAAUAACAUCCAGGAGCUCAUCAGUGCCUCGCCAUGGGGUUCCGAGCACUACGUUUCAUGUUUUGUGGUCAAUAUCCUGCCCUCUAUUGUCUUCACCAUCAAUGGUAUCAACUACCCAGUGCCAGCUCGAGCCUACAUCCUCAAGGUGAGAGGAGGACCCUGA